AUGGAUCGCAUCACGUUCAAAGUCAACGGUGUUCAAUAUUCGGUGGGAUGCGAGGUAAGCUCAGAAACAACGUUAUUGGAUUUCAUCCGAUCUACUCUGAAAUUAUCUGGUACUAAGUACAUGUGUAAUGAAGCGGGCUGUGGUGCUUGCAUCGUUUCUGCUGUUAAAUGUCCCGGGGCACCAAAUACAUCAGUGAAUUCGUGUAUGGUAUCAAUAACAUCGUGUCAAGACUGGGAAGUAACUACAAUAGAGCAUUUGGGAAAUAGGCUUAAAGGCUAUCACGUAAUCCAGACGACGCUUGCAGAAAAUCAUGGAACUCAAUGUGGUUACUGCAGCCCUGGUUGGGUAAUGGCUAUGAACAGUCUAUUACAGAGCAGAAAGAACCUUACUAUGCUUGAAAUAGAACAAUCAUUCGGAAGUAAUGUCUGUAGAUGUACAGGCUACAGACCAAUAUUGCAUGCUUUUAAAAAAUUUGCCAAGGAUUCUCCCAGUUGGGAAAAGAUACAUGAUAUAGAAGAUCUGCACAUAUGCAAGAAAAAUAGCGGCGAAUGUACAAAAAGUGACUGUGAGGAUUACGACUGGUGUAUUGUUUCAAAGGAUGAUGUUAAAAACCAAUCUGUGUUACAUAUAAAAUUAGAAGAUGGUCGUGAAUGGUUUCGAGUUCGAGAAUUAUUUGACGCGUUUAAUAUAUUGCAUGUAAAGGGAGAUGAUUCAUACAUGUUUGUUGCAGGCAAUACUGCAAAAGGCGCGUACCCCAUAGACCAGUAUCCCAGAAUACUUAUUGACAUCAGUAUGGUAGCUGAACUGAAGAAGGUUCUUUUAGAUCAAAAUUUAGUCAUUGGCGCCGGAUCAACAAUUUCUGAAAUAAUGGAAGUGUUCAAAACAGUGGGUAACCACGAAUAUUUUGAAUAUCUCCUAACAUUUUAUGAACAUCUUACACUUGUUGCACAUAUUCCCGUUAGAAACCUGGGAACAGUGGCUGGCAAUCUCAUGAUAAAAUAUGAGCGUAAUGAAUUUACAUCAGAUAUUUUCGUGCUAUUUGAAACAGUUGGCGCGCAAAUAACAAUAGUGAAUACUUCCGGUGUUAGAAAGACCGUAUCUUUGCAAGGAUUUCUCAAAGAAAAUAUGAGAGGAAAAAUUAUUCUCAAUGUGCUAUUACCUCCCCUAAACAAGGACUACAAAGUACUGUCAUUCAAGAUAAUGCCGAGGGCUCAAAAUGCUCAUGCAAUAGUAAAUGCUGGAUUUCUUUACAAGUUACACAACAAUCUAGCUAUCGAAUCAAGAAUCGUAUACGGUGGUCUAUCACCAUUGUUUGUUCGAGCUAUCAAUACUGAAAAAUAUCUUAUUGGAAAACCAUUAUUUACAAACGAAACUCUCCAAGGAGCACUGAAUGUGCUAAGUGGAGAGUUAAUAGUAACAGAUAACCCUCCGAACCCUUCAAUAGCAUAUAGAAGGCAGCUAGCUCUCGCACUGUUUUAUAAGGGGCUACUUACACUAUGCCCACCAAAUGUCCUGCACCCACGGUAUCGUUCAGGAGCCAUCAAAUUGAAAGAGACCCGUCCUGUGUCCGAUGGCCGACAGAUAUUUGAUACAAACCCUUCACUGUGGCCAUUAAAUCAGCCACUACAAAAAGUUGAAGGAUUGAUUCAGUGUGCAGGAGAAGCACCGUUUACAGAAGACAUACCUCCAUUACCGAAAGAGGUAUUUGCAUCAUUUGUAUUAAGUACUGUUGCCUUGGGUGAUGUAGAAGUUAUCGAUUCAACCCUUGCUUUAAGAGAACCUGGUGUAAUAGCAUUCUACACAGCCAAAGAUAUACCAGGGGUAAAUUCGUUCAUUCCUUCUGGCAGCUCAUUCACUCCAGUUAAUGAGGAAUUACUUUGCAAUGGCAAAGUUAAAUAUUACAAUCAACCGAUUGCAAUAGUUGUUGCUAAAACUCGACAAAUAGCUGAUAGAGCAGCUAAACUAGUAACAGUUAAAUAUGCCAAUGUAAAGAAACCACUUCUAGACAUUAAAAUUGCUAAAAGCAUUGCUAAUAGAAAUACGAUGUUUUCAAAUAUCGUUGAAACAGAGAGAGGCAACGAUAUCACAAAAGUAAUAAGCGGUUCAAAUACUAUCUAUGGACAAUAUCACUUUUGUAUGGAGACAUUAGUCUGUGUUACCCGACCUACAGAGGAAGGUUUGGAAAUACAUUCGGCAACACAAUGGAUGGACGGAGUACAAGUUUCAACAUCGCGUGUUCUAAAUUUACCAGAAAAUAGGAUCGAUGUACAUGUGCGGCGGCUCGGCGGUGCGUACGGAUACAAAAUCACUCGGUCUCUUCAAGUGGCAGUUGCAUGCAGUCUUGUAACCCACAAGCUAAACCGCCCGUGUCGGUUCAUACAAUCUCUUACUACUAACAUGAGAGCAGUGGGCAAGAGAUUACCUUGCAGUACUAAUUUUGAGAUCGCUGUCAAUGCUCAGGGUGUUAUACAGUAUAUGAAUUAUGAGCUAUAUGACGACAACGGAUACGUCAUCAAUGAGCCCUUCUUACUACUUACAACAGAUAUUUAUAAUAAUUGUUAUAGUAAAGCGAGGUGGAAUUACAAAUCUUUCAAUACAAUAACUGAUAAUCCAUCGAACACAUGGUGCAGAUCUCCAGGUACACUAGAAUGUAUUGCCAUGGUAGAAUUUAUAAUGGAACGAAUAUCGUACGAACUAUCAUUAGAUCCACUUCAAGUGCGUCUUGCGAAUGUAGACCCCGCUUUUCAAAACGAUUUAAGAGAAAUGUCUGAUACAAUAUUAAGAAAUUCUGAUUACGCCCAGCGACGGAAAGAUGUUGAUAAAUUCAACAGAGAAAAUCGUUGGAAGAAACGUGGUCUGAGACUUUCAUUCAUGAAGUGGACGCCAGUUGGUCCUUUCUACUUAGAUAUUAAUAUGUCGGUUUAUCGUGAUGAUGGAUCAGUAGCAAUAACGCAUAGUGGUAUUGAAAUGGGGCAGGGUAUUAACACAAAAGCUGUACAAAUAUGUGCAUAUUUUCUUAAAAUACCAGUUGAGAAGAUACAAAUUAAAGCAAAUAAUACAAUAAUUGCUCCGAACGGCUUUAUAUCUGGCGGAAGCUUAACAUCACAAAACGUUGGCAUUGGUGUACAAAGAUGUUGCGAGGAAUUAUUAAGAAAAUUAGAACCAAUUAAAAAUCAAAUGAACAAUCCAACGUGGGAGCAAUUGAUUCAAAAAGCGUUCGCAUUUGACAUUGAUUUACAAACGCAUGCAUUUGUUAAUGCCUCCGAUGUAAAGAUGUAUGAUAUAUUUGGUCUUACAGUAGCAGAAGUUGAAAUAGAUGUAUUAACUGGACAAAUGGAAGUACUAAGGGUUGAUUUAAUAGAAGAUGUUGGACGAAGUGUUAGUCCAGAAAUUGAUGUUGGUCAGGUUGAAGGUGCUUUUAUAAUGGGUUUGGGAUACUGGACCUGUGAGAACUUGGUAUAUAAUCCAGACACAGGUGAAUUGCUAACCAAUCGUAGUUGGGAUUACUGGGUGCCACAGGCUAGAGACAUACCACAAGACUUUAGAAUAUAUUUUAGAAAAAAAUCUUAUAGUAUAGAUGCAAUUCUAGGAUCGAAAGCAACCGGAGAACCAGCCACAUGCAUGGCUGUUGUUGUACCUUUUGCAAUAAGGGAGGCUAUUUCUUCCGCAAGGCUAGAAAGUGGUAUUCCUACAACACAAUGGUUUGAAAUAGAUGGUCCGUACACCGUUGAAAAAAUUUGUUUGGCCUCUGCCACAAAUAUUCGAGAUUUUAAAUAUUAUUAA